AUGAAUCCAUACGCGCCCCCUCUACCUCCACCACAGCACCCACAAAUGGCAUCGUCCACUGUUCCCGACGCCGCCGUUUCGACCCAUGGCCCGUCCCCUGCAAAUCCCAUGGCAGCACAAGGCCAGAUGCAGGAGUAUCCAAACGCCCCCCUUCUAUUCCGCCACCUAGAAAACACCUUCUUCCAAACGCUUGACAGAAGCUACGCCCUGACCAUGGCGCGCUUCGACCGCGUUGAGAUUGUCCUCGGAGGCAUCUCGAAGAACACGAACGAGCGGCUCGACCAGACCGCAGCCACCCUGCAGCAGACCAAAGACGCGGUCACCGAGCUGAACACGGCGCGCCGGGAUGACAACCAGACGCUCCUCCAAGUGCACGGCAAUCUCCUACAGGCGUCCAAGAUCUUUUUGGGCAAGGCGGAGCGUCUCGAACAGGUCAUGGGCAGCCCUUCGGCGACCAACGCAGACGGUGAAGGAGCGCCGACGGUGCUAGAACGGCUCCAGCGGCUCGAACGCAGCAUCGCGGAGCUGGUGGAAACCUUAGGAGACCCGACGCUGCGAAGCCUGUCGUCCUCCACCAUGAGGUCGGGAUCAACACUUCCCCUGUCGUGCGUCCUAUGGCAGACGCCGGAGUGGAUGCGAUUGAUCUCGUCCCCCUCUGGAACACUGGACGCUGUGGUGCAGUCGGAGCAGCCCUCCAUGGUAGAUGUCGGGGUGGAAGCGAGGGAAGUCGAAUUGCCAAGCCCCGCAUAUAUGCGGUACUCGACUGCGUCUCAGACGGUCUACGGUUCGUCCCCUGACCCGCAAGACGAGGAGGCAACCCGGCGGUCCGCCCCCGCCAGGAUCAAGAGGGAGGCCAACAAGUCCUCGUCGCAUGAUCAACGUCCUGCCAAGCGCCGCAAAACGAUGGGGGCCGUCAAACUCGAAACCUCAAGCGCCUCUCGUGCGGGUGGCGAGAGCAAGUCUGCGAUCUCGAAGAGCACAAAACGGGCCAGCAACAGGCGCAAGGGUCGCCCAUUCGUCACCACUCCUAUCAAGUUGAAGGUGAAGGUGCCGCCAUCGUCCCCACAGGUCACUCCAAAAACGAAAAGGCGAUACGAGGCGCCACAGAUUGGGACCAAUUGCCCGUGGCCAAACAAAGUCGAUGAUGAUGGUGCAGGCGAGAUGGUGGCUUGCGAUAACUGCAACGGGUGGUAUCAUUACGGUUGUGUGGGACUCGUUGAAGACGACCCUCGCGCGGAGGACGAUUGGCACUGCCCCCCUUGCGAAACAAGCGAAGAAGUGCAAGAGCUGCGCCGCGAAGUGGCGUGGGAGGAGGCUGCGUGCCUCCGUCCAGACUGCGAUCAUCCUGGAUCGGCGGAAGACACCGGCCAGUACUUCAUUGAGCGUAUCAUCGGCCGGCGCCCAUUCGACCCGGCCACCGACUGGUCUCCGACAGAAGGCGGGUCGAAGUUCAUGUGGUUGGUCAAGUGGGACGGGUACCCUGUGGGUGAGGCUACCUGGUCUUCUGACCACUGCGUACGAAACUGCCGACCUAAAGUCGAAAACUUCUUGGCUGCAGCCGAGAUCGAGAACAAGAACCUGGCGGACAAGAGAAAAGUCCUGCUCAACGAAGCCAGUGCGGCUGGGUUGUAG